AUCUUAUGUGUUGUAGUAGGAGUAUGAUCUAUGAUGUGUUAAGUUAAGCCUGUUUUUGCCUGCAAAAAAGCAGAAAAUCACCUCUCUCUUUUCCUCCAUUUUUCUGUCUUUGGGCUUGGGACUCUUCAAAACCCCAACAAAACCAAUACAACAAAUCCUAAAAAAACCCCAUUUUUCUCCUAUCUUUCACCUAAUCUUCACCACCUACAAUGGACUAAUGGAGUAGCACCAUAAACUAAACAACCCCACUUUAAUGGAGAUUAAAAGCUUUAACCAAAUUCAAUAAAACCCAUUUCUUAAAUCUCAAAAACGAACCAAACCCAUUUCUUAUUUUUCGAUUUGAUGAUAUUUGCAUGAAGAAUCAUCCCAACUCCCAAUGAAAACAAUAAUGAAUUCCAUUAAUGUUGGUGAUAUUGAACAAGGAAGAAUUUUUCAUGACACUACUCAAGAUUCUGAUGAGGAAAGUGUUAAGAUUGAAGAUGUUGGUGGUGGAAGAAGAACAAGUGAGAAAAGUGGGUCCUUUUCUUCUUCAUCUUCAUCUUCUUGUUUGUCAGAAUGUUCAGUGGAAGAUAUUGUGGAUCUAGAGAGAAAUGGGGAUGUUGUGGAAACAAAAGUGAGUGUGCAUUUAUCAAAAGUUGAGAGGGAUUGUAGGAUUUGUCAUUUGAGUUUAGAUGGGUCUAAUCCCGGGUCUGGGUUACCUAUUGAAUUGGGUUGUUCCUGCAAGGAAGAUUUAGCUGCUGCUCAUAAACAUUGUGCUGAAACUUGGUUCAAAAUUAGGGGUAACAAAACAUGCGAGAUAUGUGGUUCAACAGCUCGCAAUGUGGUUGGUGUAAAUGAAGUCGAACUUAUGGAGCAAUGGGACGAGACUAAUGAAACUACAGCUACUGCAGCUCCAUCUCAACCAACUGAAACUCGGCGCUUCUGGCAAAGUCAUAGGUUUCUCAACUUCUUGUUGGCUUGUAUGGUCUUUGCUUUCGUCAUCUCUUGGCUCUUUCACUUCAACGUUCCGUCUUAGAUUCGUGUACAGAAAUAAUGCAACUAGCAUUGUUGUAACAUUUCUCAAAAAAAAAGGGCAUAUAAUCAGCAAAACGCAGGUACCUUGUACUCCAUUCUCAUUUCAGGUUUGUCAAUAGCAUUAGGUUAGUCCCAAGAGCUCUUUGAGGAAUAGCUCGAUUUCAUGUUGUUCAUGUCAUGUUAUAUCAUCUAUUACGCCAUUAAUCAUUCCAAAACUAUUUGCCUUAUUGGCAUUUCGCUUGUAAAAUUCCAACUGUGAAAGAAAUUUUCUUGGAGUAGAAACGAUUUCCUCAUGUUUCCUAGUAAAUGUGUUGCAAUUUGCCUUGGAAA